CACACAAACAAAGCUAUGAGCUAGUCCAUGGGCCUCGGUGCUCUUCUCUUGGGUUUAGCGUGGGGACGUCUGUGCAGUCUAUUACUUAGUCUGGUCUAAUCUUGACCAGUAGACUAAGCACUUGGACUAAGACUAGUUGAGCAGACUCUUUGUGUGAUCCACUGAGUGACACAGUGAAUGGCAUAAAAGCUCAGUGUCUCAAACAUCAUGGAUCUCUCUACUUUAGGCUCAUCCAAACUAAUCCAAGUAGUCUACGCUGGAUCUGGUAGAAGAAAUUACAUUUCAACGUGGGCUGCUGGUUGAGCAGAUGGAUAAACACCUUACCACUAUGAAGCUGAUUCUGGGAUCUAAAGAUGAGAUUUAUGCCGGAGGUGGAAGACAUCUGUUCCAUCUCAAUUUCCAGAAGAACCAAGGCCAGACAAUGGUGCAGAGAAUUCCGAUUCCGUGUGAUACAGUAAAGACGGACUGUGGUAUCACCGUGAUGCAGCCAGGGAGAGAUGGAUACCCUCUGUUUGUGUGCACAGCGGGUAGACAGAUCCCAAAAGGUACCUGCUGCGACAAGGACGUGAAUGGUUCAACAAACUGCACAUCCAUUUAUGGAGGGGGAGAGCCAGCACUACUCACUGGGGAGAUCCUCUACACCACACAGUCUGGUGUGAGAGAUAAGGAUGGCAUCUACAGAAAGCGUCUUUAUAACGUCAAAGACCAAAUGAAGCCUCCCUCAAGCCGUUCAGAUCAACAGUAUGUGAAGAUCAUAGAAAGAAAACUCGUCAAAGUAAACACGGAGAAGCUGUAUGCAUUCUACACGGAGAAGAAUCAUGACAAGGACCCAGAUUCUGACAUCUUCACCCCACGUGUCUCUCAAGUCUGCAUGGCUGAUCUGGGAGGUUCAAAGGACACCCUGCAGUUCCAGUGGACGUCUCAGCUGAGCAGCCGCCUGUCCUGUGGGGACCCCAGCAGGAAGCUGUACUACACCGAGCUGCUGGACGUGGCCGUGCUGCCGUCUGAGGAUGGAGCAGACGCCAGGGUCUACGGGCUCUUCAGAAACGGCUGGGAAAUGAGAGCUGUUUGUGUGUACGCCAUGAACGACAUUGAUGGAGUCUUCAACAACUCUUCACCAAAACCCACAAAAACUCUGUCUAGACGUCCCGGAGAGUGUGUUCAGGACAGCAGGAAUCUCCCCUCAGACCUGCUCAAGUACAUGAAGAGCGAUCCAGAGAUGAUGAAUUGGGUGGGACCCAUCGGGCACAGCAACCCCCUACUGGUCAGUCGCUGCAACUACAGUCACAUCCAGGUGGACCGUGUCGGAGGGACAGAGGGUCAGGAGGGACACAAUGUCCUGCUGCUGUCCACGGAAGAGAGUGGUGCGGUUCACAAAGUCCUGGAGAACUCCUCUGACCCUUUCAUCAUUGCGGAGUAUCACCCUUUCAAACCCGGAACACACAUCCUCAGUAUGCUGCUGGACAGUUCUCAGAAGAAACUCUAUGUGAGCUCCAAUGCUGAGGUGGUUCAGAUUGACCUGAGGAACUGCAGUGUGUACGGGGACCAAUGUGCUGACUGCAUCUUAGCAAGAGACCCCUACUGCGGCUGGGACCGUAACCAAAAGAGAUGUUCAACAUAUUCAGAGGGAAAAAAUGUUCUGAGUCAAAGUCUCCAUGAUUGCACACCAGAGCAACAGAGUGCUGCUUUGAAGUCCAGCCCAGAGGUCAACCCCGAUACUACCCAGUUUGUUUCUGAGUCCUCCAGACACUUCCUGCCCUGCCCUGUUCAUUCCCAGCAUGCCGAGUACCGCUGGAUGCAGGGCGGAGAGGAGAGGCAGUCGAUCAUGGACAGCGAGCAGGAGCAGUUAGUGCUGCUGAUAGAUGGCAUGAGGUCUGCAGAUGAGGGCCUGUACCAGUGUGAAUCCAAGGAGGGAGACUACAGGAAGACAGUGGUCCAGUAUCAGCUGAGGAUGAGCAGUGCAGUGGGGGGACUAAAGAGCUCUCCUCUGGCCUUGGCCUUGCUGCUGCUGCUGCUGUUUACUCUGUUGUGUUAGAGGCCUGCUGGACCUGCUCCGUGUUGGAUUCUGUUCCGUGUCCUGGUUGAGAGAGUCUAGACCCUUUAGGGAACCAAAACGGCAAUGGAGGAAGAGGCUGGAUGAUUGAAGCCUCAUGACGGUCAGGGCUGGAUGCACAUGAGGGGGAAACACCAUGACUCAGUUCACAUUUCACAAACUUCUGAAAGUGUUAGAUCCUGCUUGUAUUCUUUAAUUUGUGUGAGCAUUUAUUGUAAAAAAGUGAAAAGUUUAUAUGUUUUUGUAUUGAUGUUCUCCAUUCCAGCUGAGUCUUAGUGGAAGCCUAUAAUAGAGUUGCAAUAGUUUUAGAUUUUGUACUAAUUGUCUAUCACUGUCACUUUGGCACUUUAAAGCUUCUUUGAAACAA